CGCGUCCCGCCGCGCCCCGCCCACCGCCGGGCAGCGCUGUCGACGAUUGGCUGAGAGCGAGGCGCGGCCCGCCCUGUGCGCGCCGCGAUUGGCUGCGGGCACGGUGCGCUUGGUGUCAUUGCCCGGGGGUCCCAAACAGUGUCAGUGGCGCCGGGAGCCCGGCAGGUGUGUGCCCAGGAACGAUGGCGACAGAGUCCCCGCGCCGCCCCAGUCGCUGCACUGGAGGAGUGGUGGUUCGCCCUCAAGCUGCCACGGAACAGUCGUACAUGGAAAGUGUUGUUACCUUCCUCCAAGAUGUUGUGCCACAGGCCUACAGUGGAACCCCACCAGAAGAAAAAGAGAAAAUCGUCUGGGUCAGAUUUGAAAAUGCAGAUUUAAAUGAUACAUCCAGGAAUAUGGAAUUCCAUGAAAUCCACAGCACUGGGAACGAGCCCCCGUUGCUGCUGCUGAUUGGAUACAGUGAUGGGAUGCAGGUGUGGAGCAUACCUAUCAGUGGGGAAGCUCAGGAGCUGUUCUCGGUGCGCCACGGCCCCGUUCGAGCUGCUCGGAUCCUCCCAGCCCCUCAGAUCAGUGCUCAGAAAUGUGAUAAUUUUGCUGAGAAGCGGCCUCUGCUUGGUGUGUGCAAAAGCAUUGGAUCUUCUGGCACCAGCCCACCCUACUGCUGUGUGGAUCUGUAUUCUCUGAGAACAGGAGAGAUGGUCAAGUCUAUCCAGUUCAAAACUCCUAUUUAUGACCUGCAUUGCAAUAAAAGGAUCCUCGUUGUGGUCCUGCAGGAGAAAAUUGCUGCCUUUGACAGCUGCACUUUCACCAAAAAAUUCUUCGUUACCAGCUGCUAUCCUUGUCCAGGGCCCAACAUGAAUCCUAUUGCUCUUGGAAGUCGUUGGCUUGCUUAUGCAGAAAAUAAGCUGAUCCGAUGCCAUCAGUCCCGUGGUGGAGCCUGUGGAGACAACAUUCAGUCUUACACUGCCACAGUCAUUAGUGCUGCCAAAACAAUAAAGACUGGGCUGACCAUGGUGGGGAAGGUGGUGACACAGCUCACGGGGACGCUGCCGUCGGGAGCCACCGAGGAGGAAAUCCUGGCUCACAGCAACCUCCGUAGGAGUCCCCUGGUGCCUGGCAUUGUCACCAUCAUCGACACCGAGACGGUGGCAGAGGGACAGGUCCUGGUGAGUGAGGACUCAGACAGUGAAGGCAUCGUGGCCCAUUUCCCUGCCCAUGAGAAGCCCAUUUGCUGCAUGGCCUUUAACCCCAGUGGGAUGUUGCUGGUCACCACUGACACAUUAGGCCAUGAUUUCCAUGUUUUUCAAAUCCUGACACAUCCUUGGUCAUCAUCACAAAGUGCCGUCCAUCAUUUGUACACACUUCACAGGGGAGAGACCGAAGCCAAACAGGGGGGACGCUGCAGCCCCGUGCCCGGCCUGUCCAGCAGCCCCUCUGGCUCACCUCUCCAUGGUAAAUUGAACAGCCAAGACACUUACAAUAAUUUCACAAACAACAAUCCCGGGAAUCCUCGGCUCCUGCCUCUCCCAAGUUUGACUGUGGUGUUGCCUCUUGCUCAAAUCAAGCAGCCAAUGACAUUAGGGACCAUCACCAAACGCACAGGACCUUACCUGUUUGGAGCAGGAUGUUUUUCCAUAAAAGCUCCUUGCAAAUCCAAACCAGCUCCACAGAUUUCACCCAGUAAGUCUGUGGGAGGGGAGUUUUGUGUGGCUGCAGUCUUUGGAGCUUCAAGGUCAUGGUUUGCAAACAAUUCUGGUCUCAAACGAGAAAAAGAUCAGUCCAAGCAGUUUGUGGUGGAGUCCCUGUACAUCAUCAGCUGCUACGGGAGCCUGGUGGAGCAUGUCCUGGAGCCGCGGCCGCUCAGCACCGCGCCCAAGAUCAGCGACGACACCCCCCUGGAGAUGGUCACCUGCCCCAGGGCCAGCUGGACUUUGGUUAGAACUCCUCAGUGGAAUGAACUCCAACCACCAUUUAAUGCAAACCAUCCACUGCUCCUGGCUGCAGAUGCUGUGCAGUACUACCAGUAUCUUCUGGCUGGCUUGGUGCCACCAGGGAGCCCUGGGCCCAUCACCCGGCACGAGUCCUACGACAGCUUGGCCUCUGACCACAGCGGGCAGGAGGAUGAGGAGUGGCUGUCACAGGUGGAAAUCGUGACUCACACUGGGCCUCACCGACGCCUGUGGAUGGGUCCUCAGUUCCAGUUCAAAACCAUCCAUCCCUCAGGCCAAACCACUGUCAUCUCCUCCAGCUCCUCCGUGCUGCAGUCGCACGGGCCCAGCGACACCCCCCAGCCUCUCCUGGACUUUGACACGGAUGAUCUUGAUCUCAACAGCCUCAGGAUCCAGCCGGUGCGCUCGGAGCCCGUCAGCAUGCCGGGGUCACCGCGGCCCGCGGCCGACCGGCGCGGCGUCUCCACGGUCAUCGAUGCUACUUCAGGUGCCUUCGACCGGAGUGUGACCUUGCUGGAGGUGUGUGGGAGCUGGCCCGAGAACUUUGGUCUGCGCCACAUGUCCUCCAUGGAGCACAGCGAGGAGGGGCUGCGGGAGCGCCUGGCCGACGCGAUGUGCGAAUCCCCCAGCAGGGACAUGGUGGGAUCAGGAACAGACACAGCCGGUGAAGUAGCAGUAAAAAACAUCACCACAAAGAGGCACAUGGCUUUGAAAUGUUUUGAGCUUCAGCGAGAGGGAAGCAUAGAGACACUCAGUAACAGCUCGGGCUCCACCAGCGGCAGCAUCCCCCGCAACUUCGACGGCUACAGGUCCCCCCUCCCCACAAACGAGAACCAGCCCCUGAGCCUGUUCCCCACGGGAUUCCCCUGAACCAGCCACCCAUCAGGGACACAUCCACGCAGGGGAACGAGCCUCCUGUCCCCAAACAAUCCUGCUGUGUCUGUCACCUGCCAGCUCCCUGCGGUGCGGGAUGGUUCUCGUUAGCCUGAUGAAUAUGGACAAUUCUUAAACCUUCCUGAAACAUACUCAUAAAAUCUUGACUCUGUGUUCCUGUGCAAUACGAAGAGGCUCCAUCUUCAGUCCUGAUAGCUCUGCAGCUUCUUUUCUCGCUGUCUUCAGGAAGAGGUUGGGUGAGGAGAAAUAUUCCUAAGCCAUCUUGGGUCAAGCACAUGGUUUCACAACUGUUCUCUGCUUUUUUUUUGUGCUGAGAUGAAUCUCCUUAACUCAGAGGAGCUCUCGCCGUUCGUGAAAGUGCCGAGCAUUAAUGGAUGAACUGGAGAGACUGGAAACUGGAGGACUUUCUGUGGACAGGGUUGAUGAUGUUUUUCCUUCCUCAUCACAUCUCCUUGCUGCCCUUCUUCCCCUCUGAUACUCAUCGAUGCCAGGAGUAUUACAAAUGGAAGUGUUUCUUUUUGUUCUUUGGAAGAAGUCUCUCUCUUGCUCUGGUUUUCUUCUAGUCGUGUAUUUUAGAAAUGUACUUAAUUGACUAAUUGCAGUCACGGAUUUCUCAUAUUUCGUUAUAAAAGUUGUUCAUUGGAACUCAGAUAUCUGUCCAGAAAUGCAUGUCAUUGAAUAAAUCUAAGUUAAAUAAGAAACUGCUUAAAUGGCAAUGUUCACAGAGUGUUACUGGGCUGACUGUGGGCUUUGUGUAUCUCCCUGGACCAGACUUUGUGUGUAUUUACUGAC